AUGGGGACGGGGCUCUACAUCCUGGUCUGGGGACGGGGCUGGCCCAGUGGUGGCCGGACACUGGCCCAGCAGGGCCGAUGCAGCCGGCCGGGAGCGCGGAGGCGCCGCGGCUCCAGCCAGCCUGGCCCGCACACGGGCGGGGGUGUGGGCAGGCUCCUCGGCCUCCCUGGGGGAUCCUCCCGUGCCGGGCCAGACACCGGCAGCGGGGCGGCCCGAGGACCCUGUGGGCCCCGGGAAGGGGCCGAUGCCCGGGGCCCGCUCGUGCCCAGCCCUGCUGGGAGCCCCGCCAGCACCACGGACGGCGCCCAGGAAGCCCGCGUGCCCCUGGACGGGGCCUUCUGGAUCCCGCGGCCCCCGGGCUCCCCCAAGGGCUGCUUCGCCUGCGUGUCCAAGCCCCCAGCGCUGCAGGCGCCAGCGGCCCCCGCCCCGGAGCCCUCGGCCUCGCCCCCCAUGGCCCCCACCCUGUUCCCCAUGGAGUCCAAGAGCAGCAGGACGGACAGCGUGCGGGCGGCCGGCGCCCCCCAGGCCUGCAAGCACCUGGCCGAGAAGAAGACCAUGACGAACCCCGCCACGGUGAUCGAGGUGUACCCCGACGCCAGCGAGGUGAACGACUACUACCUGUGGUCCAUCUUCAACUUCGUCUACCUCAACUUCUGCUGCCUGGGCUUCAUCGCCCUGGCCUACUCCCUCAAAGUGCGUGACAAGAAGCUCCUCAAUGACCUGAACGGCGCCGUGGAGGACGCCAAGACGGCGCGGCUGUUCAACAUCACCAGCUCCGCCCUGGCCGCCUCCUGCAUCGUCCUGGUCUUCAUCUUCCUGCGGUACCCGCUGGCCGACUACUAGCCGCCGGCGCCGCUCCCGCCGCAUCCCGA